AUGUCCUCCGACGAUUCUGACAGGGCCCUCUCUUUGGAAACCUCUGUGCCGCCUAUUCUUUCUCAGGAGUUGUCCACACAAGCUCCUCAUAUGGCGGCUCCCCCUGUAUCAGUCGAGCAUGACCCUCUUGCUUGGCCAGCAGCACAGAAAUGGAUCGUUACCGCGGCUCUGUCAAUUAGCGGUUUCAACCGUAUCAUCGUGUCGACAAUCAUGGCUCCGGCGUUACCGACGAUCGCCAGUGAGCUAGAUCUGACCAGCACGCAAUCGUUGAGUGCUCUGAGUGCAUUUGUCUUGGCUACUGCCUUCUCACCUCUACUCGCUGGACCACUAUCAGAAGUGUACGGUCGUGCACCGGUGCUUCAUAUUACCAACAUCUGGUUCUUGGCUUUCAAUAUUGCCUGUGGAUUUGUCAAUACUGGAGCUGGACUUAUUGCUAGUCGUACAUUGGCCGGUUUUGGUGCUGGAGCAAUAUAUGCAUUAGCAUCCGGAGUGCUUGGAGAUCUAUGGCCUCCAGAAAUGAGGGGUACGACAAUCUCAAUCUACCUUUUGGUGCCAUUACUGGGUGCUGCGGUCGGGCCAAUCAUUGGAGGAUAUGUAGAACAAUAUACCACUUGGAGAUGGAUCUUUUGGUCAACAUCCAUAGUUCAAGCUUUAACCGUUGGAAUAUGCUUUGUAUGUUUCCGAGAAACGCAUAGACAAACACUCGAAAGUAAAGCAAAUAAUCCGUCUUCGAAAUGGAAAAUACCCGCUUUUCCUAGACAUCUUUUAUGGAAAAGCAUUUCUGUACCUCCCAAGCAGCUUGCACUUUAUCGAUCAGUCCAACUUCAAGCGAUCUUAUCCGGAUUCGGUUACGGUAUUCUCUAUCUUCUUCUGUCAACAUACUCUUCCCUUUUCACAGAUAGAUACAAUCAAUCCGCCAGUAUCAGUGGACUUCACUAUAUCGCCAUUUGUCUAGGGGAAAUCAUUGGUUCUCAAAUAGGUGGUCGAUUAAUGGACUAUCUUGGACGAAAGGCAAAACAGAUGGCUCGAAGUGAUCGAUUCGAGCCUGAAUAUCAUUUACCUAUUAUUUUCCCUGGUGCUGUUGCUGCAGCAAUUGGCUUUUUGCUUUACGGAUGGGCUGCAGAUCGACACCUUCACUGGAUUAUUGUGGACCUCGGUGCACUCAUCCUAUCACUAGGAACUCAAAUGACCGGACAAGGUUUACAAGCAUAUAAUAUGGAUACCUACCCGGACUCAAGAGCAUCAACUUCAGCUGCUGUGCAGGUAUUCAGAAGUAUGGGCGCAUUCGCAUUACCUCUUGCUGGCCCAAAAAUGUUCGCAAGUUUAGGUUAUGGGUGGUCGAACACCUUGUUAGGACUGGUAUAUCUGGGCGGACAGGUCGGAGCUACAGCUUUUUUGUGGAAGAAAGGCAAAGGGUUGAGAGGAGUCUCGGAAUUGAUACCCCUGCAAGCCUUGUGA